AUAUUAUAUAUUUAAGUUCAAUUCUCAUCAUAAGUUUGCUGAGGUUAUAGAAAACAAAGUAAUAUAAACUGUAAUUUAUUAUACGAUAAAAAUUUCAUAUAACAAAUUAAAAUAAUAUUACUUUACAUCCGUACAAUUUAUAUAUUGUUUAAGCAUGUCAUGGUUUUUGAAAACAAUGCAAACAACUAUGAAUACAUGGGUACCUCAAGUGAUAUCUAAAAGAUUUCGAUAUCAUGCAGACAAAAUAGCUAAGGGUCCUUACUUAAGACAUUAUGGCUAUAAUGAUCCUAUAGAUAUGAAAGGAUUGUUACCUCGUGCUGAUAAUAGAAAAUUACCCAUGCCAAUAUAUAGACCAAAGAAUGCUUGGUCUGAAAAGAGAGCAUUGUUUGGUCAGAAUGAUUAUAUAGAUAUUUUGGGUUCUAAUACUCUCCAUCCAGUUAAAAUUUUAUAUAAUGUACCUUCUUGGCUAAGAGGUGUAAGUGGAAAUGAAUAUCAAGUAUUACUUAGAAAACAGAAAAUGCUAAAACAUGGUAUAUAUCCAAUAGCAAGACCAACUAAAUGGAAAGAAUUGAAAAAAAGACUAAAGUAUUUGUAUAAAUUCUUAAAUAGAAAAACUAAAACUUACAGUAGUUCACAAUAAUGUAUAUGUAAAUGAUUUGUAACAAAAUAUAAUUGUAACAAAACAAGUA